CGGAAAAGAGUGUUUUGCAACUGUUGUGCAAGUGAAUUGGGCGUUUUAGGAGAAUUUCAGGAGUCCCGCUAGUCUGUUUCUGAAGCCGGCUUUAUUUUAAAGUCUGUAUACUGUAGAAAAAAUGGCUAAAGUCAAUCUGGAUAAAGUUGGACAAAAUCUUAUCAAGGAUCCGGAGACCAACUCUAAAAUCGAGUUUCGGACUCUUUGGCAAGAUCAGGCUGUGGUGGUCUUCUUCCUGCGGAGGUUUGGGUGCCAGGUGUGCCGAUGGAUGGCGUCAGAGAUCAGCAAGCUGGAGGCUGACCUCAGGGCCAACGGGGUGUCCUUGGUGGGAAUCGGACCAGAGAUGUUCGGCCUCAAAGAGUUUAAGGAAGGAGGCUUUUUUAAAGGCUCCAUUUAUGUGGAUGAAGAUAAGUCGUGUUACAAGGAUUUGGGAUUUAAAAGGUACAAUGCUGUCAGCGUGCUUCCUGCUGCUCUAGGGAAGAAAGUGAGAGAUAUAGCCUCAAAGGCUAGUGCUGCAGGAAUCGAGGGAAACCUUUCAGGAGAUCUGUUGCAGAGUGGUGGCAUGAUCAUUGUUUCAAAAGGUGGAGAAAAGGUGUUAUUCCACUUCAUCCAGGAUUCACCAGGAGACUUUGUACCUUUGGAGGACAUCACCAAGGCUCUCGGUAUCUCUGCCACAGUGGAAGCUGGGCAGAAACCUGUGUGCAAUGAUGAUGUCUGCACACGAUGAAGCAGAAGCGCCCGGUUUCACCUGAAGUGCUCAAAUUGGAAGUUUUUUUUUUAUUUUAUUUUUUGGAAACCAAGCCAAUUGCUGGGAAGCAAUGACUGUCAACUCACCUAUUUUGUUCAACUUGUAUACCAAGAACUGCAGGUGGAACUCACAAAAUUAUGUUAUUAUUUUCUGAUGAUGCAGCAAUUCUCUGCCUCAUUUCAGACACAUUGCCCUUAACUAGCUAUAGACAGCAGAUUAAAUCCUUUGGUCAGAGGUGUGAGGAACACUUUCUGUUGUCUAAAAACACAGGAACUGAUCUUUGAUCUGAAGGCAGUUUAUCCACAAUCAAAUGAUCACCCACAAAUGUCUUGGAAUGAAUAUGAAUGGACUAUUAUGCACAGUCAGGUUGACUAUGUCUGUGACAGGUACCAGCAGCGGCUAGACUUCCUAUGCAGGUUUUGGGCGUUUGAUGUUUGUCAGAAAGGCAUGCUGCUAUUUACUAUGUUGUAACAGAGAGAACCAUUAGGUAUUGCAUUUUUUCCGGGUUUGGUCACCUAAGGGCCAAACUCACUGGUCUCAUACAAAGAGCUAAGAUGUUGUUAGGAGUUAAACCGCAUCCCUAACUUAAGACCAUUAUCAGUGAAACGAUAGGUCCAGGUCCAGACAGUUUUCUCGGACCCCACUCAUAAUCUCUAUCAGUAUCUUCCCUCAAGUCGCUAUCUCAGAGUUACUGCAUGUAGACCCCGUUGGUACAACAAAUCAUUUGAUCCUUUUCUAUUAAAUCCAUAAACAGUAAAUUGUGACAGCAGGCAAUAAAUUUUGGAUUGGAAACGGCA